GCGACCGUGACGGAUCUUUCGAAUGUUUAUUUCGAUUAUGUUUAACACACGUGACAUGAAGCACGAAAACCAACCGUUUUAAGUUUGGUCCACGUGUUCUCUACGCUCGUGUACGAAUCAUUCCAAUUGUCAUCAUGGGAAUAAAAAGCUUAAGGGACGUCCGCAGCUUUUUGUUGCUGUUGGCUGCAGUAACGAGCACAAGUGCAACAAAAUGUAGCAGACUCAUAGACGGCACAACGAUGCCUCGUUCCAGUGCGGAAGAGAAAUACCACCUAUUUAUCACCUUGUUCAACCGAUCGGAUAUGGUCUUCUCUUACAUGCCAAAUACCAAAUACACUGUGACAUUGCAAGCAGACAGUACGGAUAUCAUGCCAAGAAAAUUCACUAGGUUUUUGAUAUCCGCCGAGCCCGAAAAUGAAGAUGACACGGCAGAGAGUGGCAUCUUCGAUUUGCAAGACGAGUUGUUGACAACAUACUCGGAAAGUUGUCCGAACGCCGUGGUGGAGACCUCGAAGAUGUCCAAAGAAGAGAUUUCUGUGGCCUGGACCAGCCCUUCCGAAGGUAGCGGUUGCAUAUUUAUCAGGGCAACGAUAUUGGAGACGCCAGAUACAUGGUACAUGGAUGAUCAGAACUUAGUGGUAAAGAUAUGUCAAGACUCGAGAGCCGAGGCGGACGACCAGGGGCAGGUUCUGAAAAAGUGCUGCGCCUGCGACGAGGCGAAGUACGAAGUUACUUUCGAGGGACUUUGGUCUAGAAAUACUCAUCCCAAGGACUUUCCUAGUAAAGGAUGGCUCAUUCGAUUUUCAGACGUAAUUGGAGCAUCGCAUACGGUUGAUUAUAGAUUUUGGAAAUACGAUGGUCUAGCUAGUCCUGGAUUGCAACAACUGGCUGAACUUGGAUCGACCAGGAAAUUAGAAUCCGAAUUAAAGAGUCAAAGUAAAAAGAUCCGAACUAUAAUUAAAGCCAGAGGAAUAAGUUAUCCCAAUGUGACUGGGAAAACUUUUGCGGUAUUCCGUGUUGAUCGGGAACAUCACCUGAUGUCUUUGGUGUCGAUGAUCGAUCCUUCGCCGGACUGGAUCGUCGGAGUUUCAGGUUUGGAAUUGUGCCUGGAUAGUUGCACUUGGAUCGAACACAAAGAACUGAAUUUGUACCCUUACGAUGCGGGCACUGAUAAUGGAAUCACGUAUUUGUCACCGGAUUCGCCAACUGAGCCUCAAGAACCCAUCCGUAGGAUAACUUCGAGCUACCCAAACGACUCCAAGUCUCCUUUUUACGAUCCUUCCGGUUUAGAUAUGAAACCGCUUGCCAGGCUUUACUUGAACCGGCAGAGGCUUUACGAGAAAGCCUGCAAGAAUGCGUCAGAAGAUGCGCCAUCGUCCACAGAUACGGGAGCCUGCAAAGUGACAACAUGGCGCAACUGGACUGCAUGUUCGACAGCGUGCGGUCGUGGCACUCAACUCAGACAAAGAUAUUACGAGAACGAAGCUGCAGCGGUCGCGAACAAGUGCAACGUCUCGCUAAGUGAUAGGCGUCAAUGUCUUGGACACGAUUGCAAUGGAGAGCGAAGAUCGGUGAAAGGAUGCGGCGAGUCCGAAGUGCUACACGAAUGGAGUGACUGGAGUGAAUGCUCGACGACCUGCGGUCGCGGUAUCAGGACCAGAACAAGGGCUUUCAAGAACAAGAAAUAUAAACAGUGCAAAGCAUUCUAUAGCGACCAACAACUUCAACAAACCGACCAUUGCACGAAUUCUGAGUGCGAUGAAAAGAAUGGAGAGGAGGUAAGCGAGAUGUCUAUCCAAAAGGAGGAGAAUGAUAGCAAUGAGGACAAUGAUAACAAAGAAGAUUACGAGGAAGACGAAGCAACGUUGGGUGGAAUCGAGGAAUGGUCGCAAAAAUGCAUCGAAGAGCGUUACAUGCAAUGGUCCCUGUGGUCACCCUGCAGUUCUAGCUGCGGUAGCGGUACCCAAACGAGAUUUAGAAUGACCCAUGAGAAUUGGAAACGCCAUGAUGACGUGGAUCCCACAGAAUGCAGACACGAGGCGGUUCCCUGUCAAGCUAAAAUUGCAUCAUGUAACUUCACGAAAGAAGAAGCAGAAGAAUUUUGCAAGAAACCGAAGGAAGAAGGACGAUGCAACGGUAACAUUAUUCGCUGGUAUUUCGACAAAGAGAAGGGAUGUAAAUCGUUCAAGUAUUCCGGCUGUGAUGGGAAUGAAAAUAAUUUUCCAACUGAACAAGAUUGCAAAAAAGUUUGCGAUAGCUAUCAGAAAGAUUUAAGGACUAACUUGUCAACUAUGGCGAAAAACUAUAAGGUAUCCCUCAGCAGCGUUCUCAGCUAUCACAUACCUGCACAGGGGCAACGCAGUACGAAGACAAAGCGAGCACACCAUGAGAAAUUAAAAUUCAGAGGUAUAGAAGCAGACAGUCAAAUGAAAUCGUCUUAUAAUGCGGAAGAUGUCGACUGUCAGGUAUCCGAAUGGAGUAGUUGGUCUAAGUGUACAGGAUGUCGUGGAUAUAAAAAUAGUACAAGAGAAAUUAAGGUACCACAUAGGGGUAAAGGUAAACGAUGUCCAACAAAAUUACAUCGUAAAAGAAAAUGUCGUAAAGAUCCAUUGUGUUCCUUGCAAGCUGAUGUUCCAAGGCGACGUAUAUACCGUGACCAAAGUUUGAAGGUAGAAGAAAAUCAAAUUUCAGUUGACUGUAAAAUGACACAAUGGUCUAGAUGGUCACGUUGUACAGCCACUUGCGGAGAAACAGCACAACACAGGACAAGAAUAGUCAAAGUUCAACCCUUUGGUCCAAGAGGCAAACUUUGCCCUUCUCUGGUAGAGUACAGGAAAUGUUAUACAGGGAGAUGUCCAUAAUAAUGUUCAUCCAUACUUUUUACAUAUCCAUUUUUUAUUUUAUUUCUUUGUCUUUAAAUGCAUUUUAAUCUGAAAUUUUAUCUAUGUAUCAUUAAAUCAAGCAUAAUAGAGAUUUGACAUGAAAUAGAGUUUUUGCAAUUAUAAUACAUAAUAAAAGCUGUUAUAAAAUAUUACAAUCUCUUGGCGUGAUAUAUUUUCCAAAAAUUUACGGUACUAUAAAUAAGAACUGACAAUCAAUACCUAUUAGAUAUCACCUAAUUAUAUGUUACAAUAUUAGUUUUGAGGAUGCUUGAUGCAUUGAUACAUAAUAUUUAAAAAUCGAAUUUGUUUAACUUUUUAUCGCUUUUAUUGCAAGAUUUAAAAUAAAAAAGUGUUCAAAACCGAAAUUAUAUUCUGAUAAACAUGUUUGGAAGGUAUAUAUGAAUUAGCAGUAAAUUAAAUAUGCAUUGAUAAAAUUCCUUUAUUUAUAGAUAAAUAGAAAACAUUUAUGAUAAAUCAAAUUAGUGUAAUACAACGCACAAAAUAUCGUGCUACAAUUCUUGUCAACCUUUUGUUUUAAUUCUUUUCAGUUAUUCAAUAUUGAAAAAUAAUAACGAAUCGCUAUGAACUACAUGUAUGGAAUACUUCAUAUAUAUAUGCAUAUGUGAUAUGAGUAAUUGUAAUAUAUAGUUACACAAAUAUCGCAUAUGAGUUUACAUAUAAUGUAAGUAAUUCUUUCAGUCAAAAAAAACCGCAUUCCAAUUAUUCAUAAAAAUAUGUUCAAAAAAAACAAAUACAAAAAGAAAAAUACAAUUUAUGC